GCGCCUACGUCGCCAUCUAGUAGGAGGGAUCUCGAGCGUUUUGGGCCUGAGCGAGAGCUGCGGAGGAGGAGAGCAAAACAGGCGGCGUGGUCGAGUCUGGAACUGACACCCGGGAAAAAGUUACUUGAGUGCGAAAGAGCCACCGAAAAGAUGUCUGGAGACGACGACCCACAAGAGCAGACCAUCGCCGAUGACUUGGUGGUCACUAAAUACAAAAUGGGGGCCGAUAUUGCCAACCAGGCCAUGAAGACCGUGGUGGAGGCCGCCAGGGCAGGGGUGACCGUAGUGAGCCUCUGUGAGAUGGGAGAUGCCUUCAUCACGACGGAAACUGGAAAGGUCUUCAGGAAGGAGAAAGACCAGAAAAAAGGCAUCGCCUUCCCCACCAGUGUGUCUGUCAACAACUGUGUGUGCCACUUCUCUCCCCUGAAGAGCGACCCUGAGGUCAUCCUGAAGGACGGGGACCUCGUCAAAAUUGAUCUGGGUGUGCACGUCGAUGGCUUCAUCUCGAACCUGGCCCACAGCUUUGUGGUUGGUGUGACCAAGCACACCCCUCUGACGGGACGUAAGGCCGACGUGAUUAAAGCGGCCCAUCUCUGCGCGGAGGCGGCCCUCAGACUGGUCAAGCCUGGAAAUCAAAACUCACAGGUCACCGAAGCCUGGAACAAGAUUGCCAAGUCAUUCAAAUGUACCGCCAUUGAGGGGAUGCUGUCCCAUCAGCUGAAGCAGCACGUGAUUGACGGAGAGAAAACCAUCAUUCAGAACCCCACAGACCAGCAGAGGAAGGACCAUGAGAAGGCCGAGUUUGAGGUGCAUGAGGUGUACGCGGUGGACGUGCUGAUCAGCACCGGUGAAGGCAAGGCGAAAGACGCCGGCCAAAGGACCACCAUUUACAAGCGGGACCCAGACAAGCAGUACGGACUGAAGAUGAAGACGUCCAGGAUUUUCUUCAGCGAGGUGGAGAGACGCUUCGACGCCAUGCCCUUCACUCUCAGGGCGUUUGAGGAUGAGGCCAAGGCCAGACUGGGUGUUGUGGAGUGUGCCAAACACGAACUGCUGCAACCAUUCAACGUUCUUCACGAGAAAGAAGGUGAGUUUGUGGCCCAGUUCAAGUUCACCGUUCUGCUGAUGGCUAACGGACCUCUGCGCAUAACUACAGGACUGUAUGACCCAGAGUUGUACAAGUCCGAACAUGAAGUGGAGGACGCAGAUCUCAAGGCUUUGCUCCAAAGCUCAGCGAGCCGCAAGACUCAGAAGAAAAAGAAAAAGAAGGCUUCAAAGACCGUGGAAGUCGAAACUGCACCAGCACCGGCAGAGGUCGGGGAGACCAAAGCUGCUGAUUAAAACCUCUCCCUGACCCAGUCGUCUCCAAGAAUACAGACACCUGACAACUGACCAACCCAAAGAACAGAACAGACGUCAAUCCUUCCAUCCUGUCCUGAGACGCUGCCUCACGGCGUGGCAUAGCCAUUUGUGACACACAUCCAAAUGUAAUCUGAUGUCAGACUACUGGGGUCGUUGCUGCCCACUCCUAAAUUCAAAUUCCACCUGUUACGUCCUAACUCAACCGUCACAAACCAUUUCACUCUCACUGUUCUACCCAGAAUGGUGAACACUGUGCUCGUUAGGUGCAGUGACUCGGUGAAGGGUAUUGAGUAGAACGAGGGCAUUUUCCUGAGUAGACUGAGAGACGUGUUUAAACCAUCCAGACGUUGAGCCUUGACCUGUAAUGAAAAGUCCAACCGUAAAUAAUAAAGUGAUGUAUGAAAGCAGAGCAUGACAGUGGAGGGUAUGACAUUAAUGCACCAGUAAUUGUGAUGGAAAACCUUGUUUGGGGUCUAAAAACUUUUCGUGUCUUUGAAAUGGAAGCCAGUGUGUCUAUUAGGGAAUUUAAUGGGUAAUUGUGUGAACCCUCCAUAAAUCCUGCAUAAGAGCAUUUCAUGACCAAUCAUAUAAACAGCCAUGAAGGCAAAUAACAAGGGCACAAAUACUUUCAGAUGAGCAAAUUCCCUAGGGACAUACCUAGCUUACCUAUUGUAACGGACGGCAUUUGCCAUAACUGCACAAAGUUUGUUUCCAUUUACUUGUUCCUUGUCAGGGGCUGCAUAUUAAAAAUAUUUUAGAGCAGGGAUCCCUGGAAGGGGCUUACUCUGUCCACACCAUACGCAGAAAAGAUGACCCUAUGUUGUGUUAUAUGGCACCUGUAGUUCAGUUCAUAAUUCUCUGGUACCACCACUGCCACAGUUCUCAAUGAAAAACAACUUUUGUGUUCACAUCCAUAACUGUUUAAUACCUGAUACUUUCUAUUGUAAAACAAAUGUUCCCAGCUUCAGAGGCUAUUUUUUAGAAUCAUCACAAAGCUGGCAUCCAAUAACUGAAUUGUUCUGUUUUGGUAAGGCAUCUGACCGAAGGACUCACUAACCAACUGCCACACCACUAGCUCUUCUGUGGUUUUAUUUGUCAAUAUAUGAGGCAGGGAUCAUGGGGUCUUUCUGGAGAUGUUUCUUACUGGGUUAAGGACUAGCUUUCAUAAAAGUAAUGUAUCAUGGUCUAUUAAAAAUGUGUAUGGGUGGAUUGUCCUGUAAGAGUGAAAUACUCCUUUGUAAUGCAAUAGAAUUGCAAUACAAUUGGCCAUUUCCAGAAGCCUUUCAAUAAUCGGCAUAAUUGAUGAAUUUCACAUUUUGUCUACAUACUGGCCUGAAAUUUCUCAACUCAAGUAAACAUCUUUACGUAUCUGAAUAAGAUCCAUUGGGUAUUCCACUAUAAUAACGUAAGGUUUAAAAAUGUGGCCGUAUAAUAUAUGAACUAACUUGACAGCUAUGACUGCAGUCUACCUAACCCCUGUAUUGGAUACAGAAACCACACCUCCCUCACUGAGGCAAUAGGCUGUAUUGACAACUGUUAAAAUAACCUCGAUUAUCAUUCUAUUUAGGGCUUACAAAGAGGACAUUUGCAUUUUUUUCAUGGUUGGGAAUAAACUUUAAUAAAACAAAAGUAG